ACUAAGAACAAAAGAGCAGCAUCUCCAGAGUCCAGCUGUGUGUCUAUGAGGAGUGAUCAAUCCAUGCCACAUUCCCCUAACUUCAGCGCUGGAUCAGUGACCUUUAACCCCAGUGACACUAAGAACAAAAGAGCAGCAUCUCCAGAGUCCAGCUGUGUGUCUAUGAGGAGUGAUCAAUCCAUGCCACAUUCCCCUAACUUCAGCGCUGGAUCAGUGACAUUUAACCCCAGAGAUGACAAAACUGGAGACCUGCAGCAGGAUUCCCACCAACCAGAUGAUCAACUACAGAGAGUCCAAGACCAGCACAAAACCUGCAUGAAGAACAAGUAUGAGAUAUUAUUUGAGGGACUGAAACUCCAGGCGAAUGAAAGCCUCCUGAACAGGAUCUACACACAGCUCUAUAUCAUAGAGGGAGAGAAAGAAGGAGUAAAUGAAGAACAUGAGGUUUUAUUGAUUGAGAAAACAGCCAGAACACAACACUCACAAGACACUCCAAUCUACUGCAAUGAUAUCUUUAAAGCCUCAGCUGAAGCAGGACGUGAGGAGAAAGAACAAGUCAAGACUGUUCUUACUAAAGGUAUUGCUGGAAUUGGAAAAACUGUCUCUGUCCAGAAGUUCAUUCUGGACUGGGCCGAGGGAAAAGCCAAUCAGGAUGUAGAUUUCAUGUUUGUGCUUCCAUUUCGAGAGCUGAACUUGAUCCGAGAUCAUCAGUACAGUCUUCACAGACUUCUGCUGGACUUUCAUCCUGAACUUCAAGAUCUGGACUCAAAUAUUUAUGAGGAGUGUAAAGUUGUGUUCAUCUUUGAUGGUCUGGAUGAAAGCAGAAUCACACUGAUGUUUUCAGACGCUCAGAAAGUUUGUGAUGUGACUGAGACUUCAUCAGUGGCUGUGUUGUUGUCAAACCUCAUGAAAGGAGAGCUGCUUCCCUCUGCUCUCAUCUGGAUCACCUCCAGACCAGCAGCAGCCAAUCAGAUCCCCUCUGAAAACAUCAACCGUCUGACAGAAAUUCAGGGAUUCAGUGAGCCUCAGAAGGAGGAAUAUUUCAGGAAGAGAAUCAGUGAUGAGCAUCAAGCCAGCAGAAUCAUCUCACACAUCAGAAGAGCAAGAAGCCUCCACAUCAUGUGCCACAUCCCCAUCUUCUGCUGGAUCUCAUCCACUGUGCUUCAGAAGCUCCUGGAAGAAGAUCGGAAUGCAGAAAUCCCUCAAACUCUGACUGAAAUGUACAUCCACUUCCUACUGAUUCAGAUCAACAUGAGGAAGCAGAAGUAUGAAGAGAGAGAUCCAGAGAAACUCCUGCAGUCCAACAGAGAAGUGAUUGUGAAACUUGCUGAAGUGGCUUUCAAACAGCUGAUGAAGGGCAAUGUGAUGUUCUAUGAGGAGGACCUGAUUGAGAGCAGCAUAGACGUCACUGACGCCUCUGUGUAUUCUGGGAUAUGCACUGAGAUCUUUAAGCAGGAAUCUGUGAUUCAUCAGAGGAAAGUCUACAGCUUCAUACAUCUGAGCGUUCAGGAGUUUCUCGCUGCUUUCCAUGUGUUUUACUGCUAUUUAAUGAAGAACAUGGAGCCAGUGAAGUUGUUUCUGGAUGAUAAACUUGAGAGGUACAGGUACAGAUCUGAGGAAAACUCUCUGUAUGAGCUGCUAAAAUCAGCAGUUGAUGAAACUUUAAAGAGUGAGAAUGGACGUCUGGAUCUGUUCCUGCGGUUCCUGCUGGGCAUCUCACUGGAGUCCAAUCAGAGACUCUUACAGGAUCUACUGACACAUACAGAGAACAGCUCAAAUAGCAUCAAGACAAUCACACUGUACAUUAAAGACAAGAUCAAGACAGAUGACUAUAACAUGAAACUAUCAGAUGACGGCUCCAUCAGUCUGUUCCUCUGUUUGCUGGAAGUAAAAGAUCAGACUCUGUCCAGAGAGAUUCAGGAGUUUGUGAAAUCAGACACACACUCAGGAAAGAAACUCUCUCCUGCUCACUGCUCAACAAUUGCCUACAUGCUUCAGAUGUUAGAGGAGCCGCUCGAUGAGCUUGAUCUCAUGAAAUUCAACACAUCAGAUGAGGGGAGAGGAAGACUGAUACCAGCUGUGAUCAACUGCAGAAAAGCUCUGUAA